AUGUCAGCAGCUCCUCUCACAACCAAGUUAGCAAAUCCACUUCGUCGAAUUCUCCAACUCUCUUCCUCGCGCCUACGCUCCCACUCCCCACCGCCACCUGCAGUAGCGCAGUCCCGUUCAACAAAUGCUGCAACGUCCCAUUUUUUUGGGGUGUCUGAUCCAGUGCUGAUAGAUACUCGGGAGACAGAGGCCGCGGACUUAGCCAACUUCCGAGUGCCCUAUCGCCUAUCAGAGGCUGUGAUUGGUGAUGCUGCUAAUCCCUUGCUACCACAGUCGACCGCUUUGGCGGUGACAAACGUGGGAUUUUGUAAUUCAACCGGUGGUAAGUUGCUUCCUCACGCCUCCUCUUUCUUUGAUGUGGACCCCCUCCCCCUCACCAAGCAAAGAAAGGAAGCGAACUAUUGA